AUGUUAUUCGUCGAAUGUAAUGGAACACCGUACGAGAUAGGCUAUCAGCAUGGCACAGCAGCCAAACUCCAAAUCAGCCGCUGCAUCGACUUCUACGCGAGGGUUUUUCUAAAGAAAAGUAAACAAAAUUGGCGAGAAGUCCUUGAGAAUGCAUCCAAGUUCGAGCAACAGGCGAAAGAGACGUGGCCAGCAUACCACUCUGAAAUGCAAGGUAUAGCGGCGGGGGCCAAUAAAGAUCUCCUGGACAUAGUUGCAUUGAACGUGCGGUCUGAGAUUGCGUUCGGCCUAUUCAGUGAUGGAUGUACGGCGCUGGCGUGGCACACGGAGAAGCGGGCGUGGUUAGCGCAGAAUUGGGAUUGGAUGACCGAACAGAAACAGAAUUUGAUUAUAACCAAGAUCACACAAGCUAACAAACCCACAAUCGUUCAAGUCACUGAAGCUGGCAUUAUUGGUAAGAUUGGUUUCAACUCGAACGGUGUCGGCACGCUGUUGAACGCGAUCAAAGUCCAUGGCGUGGACUCGACACGCCUGCCAGUGCAUUUUGGUCUGCGUAUGGCGCUUGAGAGUGCCUCGGUCGAAGAAGCUGUGCAGAGACUUCGAAGCUAUGGCAUGGCAUCUUCAGCACACAUUCUCAUCGCCGACUCAACGACAUCCCUUGGUCUUGAGUUUACAAAAUCCACAUUUGCGGAUUGCCUCCCAGAUUUUGCGGGCCGCGUUGUCCACGCGAACCACCUUCUCCUCGACCAUCCUGGUGAGACGGACACGGUAUGGCUCAAAGACUCGUUGCAACGGGUACCCACCAUGGCCGAGAAUGCGAAUAAAUUAGGCAAGGAGCCUAGUUGGGAGGACUUUAGUGCGCUGUUCGAGGACGAGCAUAACCACCCUUUCUCAAUCUGUCGCUUCGAAACGAAUGAAUCGGGAAGUGGGACACUGUUCAAUAUUGUCAUGGAUUUGAAGAGUAAGAAGGCAGUUGUGCGCUUGGGAAGACCGACUGAAGUUGAGGAAACACUAAAUUUGGAGCUGUAA